AGUCUUCGCCAACCUUGCUCUGCAAUGUGGGGGCUUAAACUAUAUAAGCCAGGCGCGCCACAAAUCGCGGCUGUUUACCUCUUUGUUUACACCCGACAAUAAUUGUGAUCAACAAGUGUCUGUGUAUUCGAUAAUAAAUCAUCACAAUGAAAAUUUUCUUAAUUUGCUCUGCCAUCUUGGCUUGCGCUGUGGCCCAGCAACAAAACACAACCCCAGUUCCAAUUCUGAAACAAAUUAACCGUCACAACGAAGAUGGUUCAUACAGUUAUGGAUAUGAAGCCGCUGAUGGUUCUUACAAAAUUGAAUCAAAGUACCCAACUGGUGAAGUCUUCGGCAAGUACGGCUACGUAGAUGAUGGUGGUAAACUCCGAGAGAUUGAAUAUGGUGCAUCCCGUCGUGGUUUUGAACCUGCUGGUAAUGAAAUCAACGUCCCACCACCAACCCUCCAACAAAACAACGCUGCCAUCCGUCCUCUGAACCCCAAUGAGGAAGAUGAUGGUCAAUACCGUGAAGAUCCCAGUGUGUAUUACAAGGAUGAGAAAUAUAACAACCCUGCCCCAGCUCGUACUGCCCAGCCUGCUCCUCAGCAAUACAACUACCAACAACAAUCACAAUACCAGCAACCUCAAUACCAACCACAACAACAACAACAACACCAACAAAUUACUGGAUUCUUGAAUAACUAUCAACAACCAAGGAAUUAUCAACAACCUGCUCAACCAGCUUUCAGGCCACAACCUUCUUACCAACAACCACAAGCAAGAUAUUACAAUCCUGAUCAUGCUAACUUCAACCCUUAUGCUGGACACCCAGCCAGCAACUUUGAUGUUGCUAGCGGAUCUUACUCAGUGCAAUACAGGCGAUAAGCAAUACGUAAUGUUGUAAAGUAAUUAGUGUGUAUUCUUUUGACUAGUCUUCAGACUUAUUGUUUAUAUACGUAUGUAUUAAAGUUAAUUAUAAAUAAAAAUAUUAAACAUU